AUGUCAUUAGAUAUAGUGAAGCAGACUAUGGAUUACCAUGUCAAGAUUCGUCCCACUUCAGGUCAUGAUUACGCAAAUUUCAAGCGUCAGUACAAACUUGGCGCUGAAUUAGGUCGAGGUGGAUUUGGUACAGUGUACUGUGGUUUUCGAAUUGCGGACAAUCUUACGGUUGCGUGUUUUGUUUGUAAUUUCUUUUUCUAUUUUUCAUCGCUCGAGCAGCAUUUUCACAAUGCUUCUAAUCAGUUAAUUGCUGCUAUUGUACUACUGAUGCGAUGUCGAGGUAUUCCUGGCGUCAUACAGACGAUUGAUUGGUUUGAAAGACCCGAUGGCUACAUGAUCGUAAUGGAGCGUCCAAGCCCUUGUACAGACCUAUUCGACUACAUUUCGGAGAGAGGGGCUCUUACCGAAGAUCACGAUGACUAUGCAAUUUUCAAGGUCGUCGACACGGUGCUUGCUUGCUAUCACGUCAGUGUAAUUCAUCGCGAUAUAAAAGACGAGAAUCUGGUUGUGGACAUGAAAAAUGGCGUGAUCAAGUUGAUCGAUUUUGGUUCGGGUGCUUUUCACAAGGAUGGGCCAUAUACGGAUUUUGAAGGAACUCGUGUCUACAGUCCGCCGGAGUGGAUCGAAGAGUCAUGUUACGAUGGCCUUGAAGCUGCAGUGUGGUCUCUUGGUAUACUUCUAUUUGAUAUGGUUUGUGGAGAUAUUCCAUUCCGUAAGGACUCAGAGAUCUGCAAUGGAUAUUUACAAUGGCGCAAUAAUAUUUCUCAAGGUUUGUGUUUGGUUUCACUCAGCUUUUGCUUGGCUCGUGAUGGUUGCGACCGUCCAUCGUUGGAGGAGAUUCUCGAGCAUCCUUGGAUGCAAGUUCCUUCACCAACCUUUGAAGCAGCGAAAAAUGAGUGGAACGCUGAUCGUCACAAACUAGCAAGCGUGCCAGACCGUUUGGUCACUGAAGCCCAGUUACACUCACAUCCUCGUGUACCUCUAACUACUACGCGAUCAGAUCAGUUUUUGUUAACUCCGUCGACUAGCAACAGCAUGUCUACAUCAUGUUCAGCCGCCAUUUUUGAUGGUGCUGCUCUAGAGCGAGUACCGCACCCUGAGGUUCGUUGUCCUCUAGUAAUGGUCAGUGUUGAUUAA